AAGAAGAAAUAUGACAGUUAGUGUAGCUUAUCGGUACUUUUUAUAGUCUGUGAUGUAGCCUGACGUGCUGUUGACUGUACUUUGUGUAUUUGAUGUUAUUGACGCGGUAAAGCAAGAAUUUAAUCUGGCAGCACAAUUUGUCAGUUUGGUUUGAUGAUUGAUGUCCUCAUACGGAUAAGUAGAGAAAGUGUUUUCCAAAUUAAUUGCAAUUAAUACAAUUAAAUUGUGAAAUGAAUAAUUCUACGCUGUGAGAAAUGUUAUUAUUGUCGUCCGAAGAACGUCCUAUGUGCCAAAACAUACAUUCAUUAGAGCUAAAAUGCUGGAAAACCGUGGUGACUGACACAUCGGAAGUUGUGUAUAUCAAGUGAUUUUUCGUGUAUUUUAUUAUUUUAUCUGAAAGAAUGCCGAGAGGUGAAAAUAGACCAAGUGUCCUGUUAUCUAGAGAGGAGAAUGACCAAGUGUUCAGUCUUAUUGGUCCUAAAUGUCAGAGUUUAGCAACAGCUGUAGUACAACUGUUCACAACUGAAGGUCCAGAACAUUCAGAAUGGAAGAAGAAGGAUACAGGUGUCCUAUGCCUUAUAAAAGACAAUGGCAAACGAUCUUACUUUUUCCGCAUUUACUGUCUCUACAGAAAAGCACUUAUUUGGGAACAUGAAGUAUACAUGGAGAUAGAGUACAAGAAUCCUAGGCCUUUUUUACACACCUUUGAAGCUGAAGAAUAUAUGACUGCAUUCAACUUUGCCAGUGAAGAUGAAGCCAGAGUCCUUAGAAUUAUUCUCAUUGAAAAGAUUGAGUUGCGGAAACAGCGGAGAGAAGAAAGGCGACAACGGUCUAUGUUGGCGGCGCGUGCUAAUAGUACGACGUCGGUGGGGAACACGGCGCCCGUCCUCAGGCAAAAUGGAGUUCCACCACCACAGCCGCAAGCACCCACGCCAGUGCCUAUGCCCAAAGCCAACGUUAUGGGUAGUGGAUAUACCCUCAAGAAUUCUGGUAAAAAGAAGCCUACAAGAAAACUUACAAAAGCAGACAUCGGUAUCCCGCAAGACUUCAAACACGUAUCACACGUCGGCUGGGACGCUGAUAAAGGUUUCGACGUGGAGAACUUACCUGGCGAGGACAUGCUAACGUUCUUCUGCAAGGCGGGCGUGUCGGCGAGACAGCUGAGGGAUCGAGACACGAGACAGUUCAUAUACGAGUUCAUCGACAAGAACGGCGGCAUCGAUGCGGUGAAAGAGGAGCUGCACGAAACGCACAGACCCAUCUCAGUGCAAAGUGAGAGACAGAACGCCGCGCCUCCUGUACCGUCGCGGAGCCCCGCCCCGCCACAUCCGCCUGCACCACCGUCUCGUGCCCCGCCGCCGCCCCCCGCGCGUGCUGUGCCUCCUCCGCCCCGCAACCCGCCGCCGCCCAGACCUGUGCAACCACCUGUGUCAGCGCCGCCGUCAGCGCCGCCCCCUCCACCGCCGCCACCCGCGCCCCCCGCCGCGCCGCCGCCCCCGCCCCCGCCCGCGCCCCCCGCGCCGCCCCCACCCUGCGCCCCCUCCGGCCCCGCGUCUGCGCCCGCGCCCAUGGACCCGCGAGCCGCCCUCAUGGAUAGCAUUCGCAACGGAAAUAAAGCACUCCGGCAUGUGGAAGUUGGACAGAAGCCUUCGUCCACCGAUGACAGCAGAAGCAACCUGCUCAGCGAAAUCAGACAAGGAGUCGAGUUACGCUCUGUGAGUUACUAUUAUUAUACUUGUUUGAUUAGUUUAACUAAGCAUCUCUAUAGUUCUUAGAUGUAGUAAAAUGACAUUUCCUAAUGUCACUAGUGAGGUGGUAAACAAUUAAUUGAAUUAUUCUGAAAAAUGUUGUAAUUGUAUUGUUUUAAUAAUUAAAUUGUGAGCGUUCUCCUUUUCACUUAAAGUCAAUGUACUUCCAUAUGUCAUGCUUUGUUUAUAACG